AGGAACGAAAUAUACCAAUUGAUAUCAAUGCCGGAAAAUUAUUGGAAUGGUUAAUUAGCAGACGACACUGUGAACGAACUUGGCAAGACAAUGUUUUAGUCGUCAGAACAAAAAUUAAUAAUGCUAUACAGGAUAUGCCAGAGCAUGAAGGAAUUGUUAAAUUAGUAACUGGAACUUAUAUUAAUUAUUUUCAUUGCCAAAAAAUCGUAAGUAUUCUUGAAAAAACAGAAGCUAAUUCGAAAAACUUAUUUGGCCGUUAUGGAUCGCAACGCAUGAAAGAUUGGAAAGAAAUUAUUCGUCUAUAUGAAAAAGAUAAUUUAUACCUAGCUGAAGCUGCGCAGAUCUUAAUAAGAAAUAUUAACUAUGAAAUUCCUAGCUUAAAGAAGCAAAUUCAUAAAUUGGAUCAGACCAAACGUGACUUGGAAAAAAACAUAGCCGAAUACAAGAAAUCUGAAAUUAUUGCGCAAUCAGAAUUUAAUACACUGUGUAAAAAUUUAGGUAUAACGGGUCAAGAUAUCAAAAAAGAAUUAGCUGAACGUAUAGUUGUAUUACCCAAGAUUUACGACACAAUCGUAAAAAAAUGUCAAGCUCUUAGUAAUGUUAUAACAUUUUAUGAGGCUUUUGCCUCAUUUACGCUUGGUGGAAAAUCUGAUAGGGGUUGUGUUCCAAUAAUUCAAUACGUAAUAGAAAAAGGUAAUACGACUACUUAUGAAUGGAUUUAUGGUGAAGUCCCGGAUUCAAUAGUGGAACUAUUAUUAAAGCAUACUCUAACUGAUGUAGAAGAAAGCUCAAGCAUUGAUUUUGGGGAUACGGAUGAUUAUUUAUCUAGUUUAAAUAACUCGAGUAAUGUUAAUGACAACAUAGAGUUCGAUUUUAAUACUGAUGAUUCAGUGUUUAUAAGCAACAAAAGUGGAAAUAUAGAUGAAGAAAUCUCAUUAGAAGAAUCCGGUAUUGUUGUUGAAUCAAUAAGCCUUAAGAAUGGCAUUGCUACUGGUAAUGAAGCUUUGCGGAUACUAGAUAAUUCAAAAACACGAGAUGAAUUUAUCGAUCAACUUUUAGAGUUAGAAGCAUUUUUGAAACUACGUUUGUAUGAACUUAAAAAUGAACGUCAAGGUCAUCCUAAUAUGAGUCAAAUUCAAGAAUCUUCUACUAUUCUACAACUUUCUUCAUUAGAUAGUAUUCAAAACAUGUUAGACAAUGUACAAAUUGUUUUGUCAGCUAUCCUAGACAAUCAAGUUCAACAUUUACAUCGAAUAAAGCAUUCUCACAGGUAUCUUGAUGUAUUAUCUGAAAUGAUAGAGCAAAAACGUGGAAUGAUGGAAAAAAUGAUCGCGAUUCAACAAAAAAAUGUAGAAAAACAAAACGAAGUUACAAGGGAGAUAAAUGAUUUACAACCUCUUCUUAACAUUGUUAUACAACGCACAAAAGAAUUGCGAACUGACAUUGAAAGAGAUAUUUCAAAGAAGUAUCAAUCACGGCCUGUACAGUUGACUGGAAUAAUAAACCAUAUAUAA